AUGUCCAUUGGAAAUAUUACAAGCGGCUUUCGAGCUACGGGAAUAUGCCCUUAUGAUAAGGAUGUUCUUCCCAUUGAAGCAUUUGCCCCAAGUCUUGCAACUGAGAAACCUUACCAGGAGACGACCGCCGCUGCCGAUGAUUCGGAAUAUGAUUCAGAUGACUACCUGCCUUUAGGUGAAUUGCGUAAAAAAUUAAUCCCUUUGAAUAAUUCCUUCGUGGAAGUGUUACCAAUACCAGAUCUAGUCAAAAAAAAAUCUGCUCCAAGCCGUAAAGCUAUAAAUUACAAAGCAGUUGAAGUCAAGCGAUCCGUAUUUUUAAAGGAGGUGGAGUCUCAACUUGAUCCCGUUCCAGUCUUAUCGAAUACCGCUAAAUCGCCAUCUGAAUCUGUGUCUUCCAUUGCAUCAAAAACAAAAGAACAUAACGAAGAAUGGCACUGUGUGAUUUGCUACGAAGACUAUGUAGCAGAUAUGAGACGAUGUGCUUCUUGUGGUUUUUGGGUCCAUGAGGAUUGUGCUGGUUUGACUGCGGACGAUACUGAAAUUUUUUUGUGUCCAGACUGUAUGCCUUAUGUAUUAGAUUUAUACUUAAUACCAUAUUUAUCUUUGAUACUGUUUUUUUUAGUGUGUUACAUUUAUUUUUUAUUCUAUCAGUAUUUUGUUAUUAAGGCCCAAAGGGAUAUUUUUGAUAUUUAUGUUUGGAUAUCAUUAUUUUAA